CUUCCGCCGACUCUCCACGCCCUCAGGACCAGCAUGGCGGCGUCGAUGCCGUCAGAGCCCUACGACUACACAGAGGGUGCUUCCGCGAUAGAUAUUCAGGAAGCUGUCGAGUCGGGCCGACGAGCACGGCGAGAUUCGCAGUAUGAGGCUGCCGGUGAUAACUACAUCUUCGAUGGACCGAGCCAUUCGGUGAACCCAAGCAGCGUAUCACGGAUGUCGCUGUCAGAACAUGGGCGUCGAAGCAGUGAAGGACGGCGCAGACCUUCGCAGAGCCGACGGCAAAGCGAGGAUGAAGGCAGGUCGUGUUCGAGGAGCAGGCGUAUGAGCAGGGACAGUCGCGCGUCGCUCAUGUCCGAAGGUGAGCACGGAGACCAGUACACUGAAGAUGAGGAGGGCGAAAGACACUUCAGACAACCAAGACCCAAGUCGACCUCGCCCGCUCCACGCCCGACUGUGUUCGAAAAUAUUGCCCAAAUAUUCACCAGGGCUGCACCUCAGACAGAAUCUCCGCCUCGCAGCAGACGUCCUUCCAUCUCUAGCAGGUCAUCACGCUCAGGCCUGCUGCGUCGAACUUCCAGCCGCCGCUCGGACGCCGGCUCCGACUACGCGAUAGACACGGACGAUGAAGAGCGCUGGGGCUACGCUUCCGAAGAAGAGGACGAGUCUGAAGAUGAGUCAAUCCGCGGCGCUGAUCGUGACUCUGUCGACUUUCGGUCUAUCGGAGGAGGCUCCUUGCCCCCUUCUCCCGGUCUUGCUCUGCAUGUUAUGACUGGCGACCCCAUCUUUGGAGAUGAGUCUCGUAUAGACAUGGGCGAGUUCGACCUCAGCGAGCCGCCUCCUCCAGGGCUACCGAGCCGACAACUGAUUUUUGUCGAGGAAGAAGACGCGCACAUUCGCUUUGUUGGCUACGAAGUUGUGCGCCUUCGGCAGAUCCUUUGGCGAGCUUGCUGUGUACUCUCGUUCGGUAUCCUUGGCUUACUUGGGCAUUGGUUCCCUCGUCUCUGGUUGCGUUGGGUUGCGAAAGAGAAAGCAUUCAAGGAUAUAGAACACGGCUUCAUUGUCAUCGAGUCUGCCUACAGAGAUACUGCUUUAUUUCCUACACGGAAAAUUGAAUACCCAUAUCGCGUCUCUACUGUCUUCCCAGCGGAAGUGCCGCUUUCACGAAUACCAUCGCACGCCGGAGAGAACGGUAGCGCGACAUCGGGCAUAUUGAAGCAUUUACUCGUAGUAGAUUAUCGAUAUGCACGCUUUGCCCUCGAUCCCCGGACAGGGCUGUUCAGUAUGGUGAAGGCGUGGCGUGAUUCUACAUGGAAUAACAAGCAAGUCGUCCAGGUCGGCCUUGAUGACGGCACCAAAACGCAACGUUGGACGUUGUUCGGCCCGAAUGUUAUCGAUAUUGAGGGAAAAUCGACUAUAUCUCUGCUUAUCGAAGAGAUUAUUCAUCCAUUCUACGUCUUUCAAAUCGCCAGUAUCAUUCUGUGGUCCCUAGACGAUUACUACUAUUAUGCUUUUUGCAUAGCCCUCAUCUCUGCCAUUAGCAUCCUAACGACGCUGAUCGAGACGAAGAAAACCAUAACCCGCAUGCGCGAGAUGUCAAGGUUCUCUUGCCAUGUCAACGUCUAUCGAGAUAGGAGCUGGCAAGUGGUUGAUUCAGCAGACCUGGUACCCGGUGACAUUGUGAACCUCAACGAUCCGCCUUUACAUGUCUUCCCGGCAGAUAUGUUUCUACUUUCAGGAGAUGCUAUCGUUAAUGAGAGCAUGUUAACUGGGGAAAGCGUUCCUGUUAGCAAGGCGCCAAUAAAUGACGAAGACCUCGCGCGUUGGAAGGAUAGCAAGGAACCUACUGGUGAUACCAACAAGAGUUUCUUGUAUGCUGGUACUCGGGUCGUCCGGAUAAGAGGAGGCAUGGCCGCUGAUGGCAGUACGGGAUUGCCUGCAGUUGCUAUAGUCGUGCGUACGGGCUUCAAUACGACGAAAGGCGCGCUCGUUCGAUCGAUGCUGUUUCCCAAGCCAAUUGGAUUCAAGUUCUAUCGCGACUCAAUUCGCUUCAUCUUGGUGCUUGCCGGCCUCGCCAGUCUUGGUUUCUGCGCUUCUGCUUUUCAGUUUGUCAGACUCGGAAUCAAGUGGCACACGAUCAUGCUUCGCGCCCUCGAUCUCAUCACCGUCGUUGUGCCUCCAGCGCUGCCCGCCACACUGUCUAUCGGAACGAGCUUUGCCAUCGGCCGCCUUCGCAAACAAGGCAUCUUCUGCAUCUCUCCCAGUCGCGUUAACGUCGGCGGGCGCAUCAACGUCUGCUGUUUCGACAAGACCGGCACACUCACCGAGGACGGGCUCGAUAUCCUCGGCGUGCGUGCGCUAGAGCGCAACGUGCAUCGUUUCGGAGAGCUCCUCGAGGAUGCUCGCGACAUGCCUGCGAGCAGCGAGAAGGCGAACUUCUUGUAUGCCCUGGCGACAUGCCAUUCGCUGAAGAAGGUAGACGGUGAGAUUAUCGGUGACCCGCUGGACGUCAAAAUGUUCGAGUUUACGAAGUGGACGCUCGAGGAGGGCCAGGUGUCUGGUACCGGCGUCGUCAAGAGUCGUGUUGGUGGAGACCGGCCUGCCGCUCUUGUUCAGACGGUCGUUCGUCCGCCCGGAUCAGCUUCGUUCCGCGUUGAGGACGCCUUGAAAGGUUCUACCCGACAUGCGCACUUCCUUGAGCUUGGUGUUGUUCGUGCCUUUGAAUUCGUUUCUUCGCUUCGCCGGAUGAGUGUUAUCGUCAAGAGGCUCAAGAGUUCGUCCAUGGAAGUGUAUGUCAAGGGUGCACCCGAAGUUAUGGGCGAUAUCUGCGAGAAGGACUCUUUCCCAGAUGACUACGACGACCUCCUAUCGUACUACACCAAGCGUGGAUAUCGUGUUAUUGCCAUGGCUGGCAAGAGUAUCGAGGGCUUAUCAUGGCUGAGGGCUCAAAAGAUGAAGCGGGAGCAAGCAGAGUCGGGCCUAAGGUUUUUGGGCCUCAUCAUCUUCGAGAAUAAGCUGAAGCCUGGGACAACUCCUGCCAUCCAAGCUCUGCGGGCUGCUCAUUUCGCAUGUCGCAUGAUCACUGGUGACAAUCCUUUGACUGCUGUCAGCGUCGCCCGCGAGUGUAGCAUGGUGAACCCCGCCGUCCAUGUCUUCACUCCAACUUUCAUUCGAGGCGGACCGCAUACACCCAUGUCGAAGCUGGAAUGGUUCUGCAUGGACGAGCCGGCGUGGAAGCUGGAUGACUACAGCCUCAAACCCCUGACCCCUCCUGCACAUCGGACGGUCGAGUCAGAUCAUGUCGAUUAUCACGAUUACGCUCUCGUCGUCACAGGGGAUGUAUUCCGUUGGAUGAUCAACCAUGCCCCGCUGGAGACAGUUCAGCGAAUGCUGGUGAAGGCGCAGAUAUUUGCCCGCAUGUCUCCAGACGAGAAGAACGAAGUCGUGGAACGGCUCCAGGGCCUGGGUUACACGGUUCUGAUGUGCGGCGACGGAGCGAACGAUUGUGCAGCUCUCAAGGCAGCGGAUGUCGGACUGUCGCUGUCGGAGGCAGAAGCAUCGGUUGCUGCCCCAUUCACCAGUCGCACCCCAGACAUCAGCUGCGUGCUGGAGGUCAUCAAGGAGGGUCGUGCUGCGUUAGUGACAAGUUUCAGCUGUUUCAAGUACAUGGCGCUGUAUUCUUUGAUACAGUUCACAACUAUCACGUUGCUCUACUCCUUUGCUUCGUCCCUAGGAGACUUUCAGUUCCUCUAUAUCGAUUUGUUUAUCAUCAUACCUAUCGCUGUCACGAUGGGCCGCACACUUCCGUAUCCGAAGCUGCAUCCGAAGGGUCCUACGGCGAGCUUGGUUUCGAAGAAAGUUCUGUCAAGUAUCAUUGGCCAGGUUAUCAUCACAAGCGUUGUCCAGUUCUGGACGUACUUCUGGGUUCGACGCCAGCCAUGGUACACUCCCCCGGUGCUCAACAACCCCGAGACCGACGAGGGCAAACUCGCGGCGAGGAAUUAUGAGAAUUCUGCACUGUUUUUGGUUUCGUGCUUCCAAUACAUCCUAGUUGCGGCCGUCUUCAGUAUAGGUCCGCCAUACCGACAGCCCAUGUGGACGAAUAGUCUGCUUAUGUUCUCUAUCGUCUCACUGUCGCUCUUCAACGCUCUCGUACUCCUCUUCCCACCGGGCUUCCUGUCAUCUAUCCUGGAGCUCACCGACAUGCCGACUUCGGGGCGCGCUACACUGCUCCUUGUUGUUGUUGUCAAUGUGGUGCUGUCCAUGGCGUUUGAGCGCUGGGGCGCGCCCGUGGUUGCUGCGACGGUUGACUACCUGACGAGCCUGCGCAAACGGCAUCGCGUGAGGGAUGGAAAGACAUACAAGGCUGUGGAAGGAGGGAUGCGAUAGCACUUGCAAAAGUACUGUUAAUCUCAAGUAUCUUGAUUAGAUGGACCAUCUACUUGUCGCGCCGAUUAUCUCUUGUGCCGCAUAAG